GCGUCACUUCUCUGCAGUCUCUCUCUCACACUCACACCCACUGCCCCUGAGGCCAUCUAUCUCUUCAACACACUUUCACUUUGUUAUCAGAAGGCGGAUGGUGUUUAAAGGCACGUCGGGGAGUCGGAGAUGUUACUUCCAUCAGAAGUCAGGAUGAUAUGGAGACUGACAGACAAGCAGCAGAGGAUUUGACAACAACAGAAAGAUCUGGAUCCUGAGGCCUGACUGAGCCCAGGAAUGGCUGACAAUAAACUGACAUGGAGUUUGUCUCAGUUGUGUCUAGUUUGUUCACUUUUCAUGUUCCUGUGUCUGCACACAGCAACCGGACUGUCAGGGUGGGGCGGAUGUUUGGAUGGUCAAGACGUGUUUGCCACCAUCAGAGAAAACAGCCAUUGGGGGGAGGUUGUUGCUGAACUUCUGGCGGACACCCGGAUGGAGGGGGUUCACUGGAGGCUGGAGGGAAAAGAUGCUGAUUGGUUCUUCUUGGAUGAAAGAUACAUCCGGCUCAACACAUCAGCUGACAAGAUCUUGGACAAGGAGGUCCAGGGUCCUUUCCUAACAGCUGAGUUAACCUGUUUUGAAGAGGACAUAUUUCAGAGUGUGUACAGGAUCAUGGUGGAGAUUCUCAAUGAGAAUGAUAACUCCCCGGUAUUUGCAGCAAACAGUGUACACUCUCUUACUCUCAGUGAGCUGACUCCUGUAAGCACUGUAGUCUUUACUGUCCUGGCCACAGAUGCUGAUAAUGACAAGAUCAUUUACUCCAUUGACCAGACUUCACCUGAUGCAGAGAACUUCAAGAUCAUUCUCCCCAACAGUGGAGAGGUGAUCCUGUCCAAGCCUCUGGACUACGAGACCAAAACCUCUCUCAGUGUCACCAUCCACGCCUCGGAAAUGACCACCGCUGAGCGCUUCAAUACUAGCACCAACAUCACCAUCUUUGUGCUGGAUGGAGAUGACCAGUAUCCACAGUUUCUGCCCUGUGUGUUUCUACUCCAAAAUGAGACCAAUCGUAUCUGCACCAGCCCUGUUUACAUUGCCAAUGUCACAGAAGGGGAGGAGGACAUUGUGUUGAACUUCUCUCCCGGGCCUAUAUAUGCAGUAGAUGGAGACAGAGGACUCAACUCUCCAGUCAGCUAUGCUAUUGUCUCAGGAAAUGAUGAUGGACGUUUCCUGAUCGACAGAGAGACGGGGGAAGUGAGACUGGUUCAUGGGGUGCCAGAUAGACUCACAACCCCAUUGGUGCAUCUACAGGUCAUGGCUUAUCAGGACGAUGACCCCAGGAAAUAUUCUGUUGCUAGAGUGCUGGUCCGAUUUGUGGCUGUGAACAUGUUUCGUCCUGAGUUUGAAAUGGCUGAAUAUCAAGGCUUUGUAACUGGAGGGAAGAGCCCUGUCGCCCUUGUCAACACCUAUGGCAACAGAGCACUGAUGUUACAUGUUGAUGAUCAAGACUUUAGUCAUGGAUUUAACCCCAUGAUAUACUACACCUUCAGCCCUAAAUCCAACCAUACAGAUGUCUACAGAAUCACACAGGAGGGCCUUCUGAUCGCCUGGACUGAUCAUCUCCAACCACAGCAGAAGCAUGUUCUACAGGUGAUGGCUGUUGACCAAGAAUCAGGUGAUGCCACUUUUGCUACUGUAGUGGUGAAGGUGUUAUCUGAUGGCCAACCAAUCCCUUAUGGUGCACUAGUGGACGAGCGUCUGACAGGCUGCACUGUGGGUAAAGCCUUGUUUCUGAGCAUGGUGUUCAUGUCUAUAUUUGGAAGUUUCCUGUAUUUGGUAAUAUGGCUGAGGAGGAGACACAAAGGACAGAUGGACCCACUGGAGAGAGGCUGUGUGGCCCAGGGGAAACACCCCAACGUGAGUUUACGCUGGUUCCAACUGUUAAGUCACCGUAGCUCCUUGCAGCAAAUGGAAGAAGAACCUUUCAGCACUGACGAGUUAGGGACCUGCAAUCCUUCCUUCAGCUUCCCAGAUAUUCACCAAGAACUCCCCACCUGCCAAGGAGCUGCUUCACCCAGACCGGCUGCUGCAUCGGACACCAGCUUCAUCCCCAGUGAACCUGCUAAUAGCCCAGUGAUCUUCAACAAUAUUGUUUCUACGCCAACCAAAAGCUCCUGCAGUUCACCCGCCUUUCAUCUAGCAAUUGUGGAUGUGAGCCCCAUUCUCUUGACCCGGGAAGCGGCUCCAUCCAAAGAAAACCUUGUAUCAGCAACAGAUACAUCCCCUGAACCUGCCGAGGAGCUCCCGCGCACCAGGCCAGGCUCCACAGCCCAUGAUGCUACUAGAACUCCCACUUUCACCUUUCCUGAUUUACAAACAACACAAACAACCUCCAGUAUCGAGCCUGUUGACCCUGGAACCAGCCCCUCCUCUCAAUCCAGCGUUCCUUUCAGUCAUGCCCGAAUCGCUUCUGCAGAAAUAGACAAACCCAUACGCAAACCUCGUGUGAAGACACCACCAUACUCACCUUUGCUGUCCUCACCCCUCUCUAAGCAGACAAGCACCCCUCCACCCACCCCAGAGCUUGUUCCUAUAAAAGCCAAGCUAGUACAGUUAGAUACCUCUCCCCUCUAUACACCCCCAGAAACACCAGAGCAAACAAACACGAGUCAACGCACUGAAGUGAGUGAACCCUGCACGUCUCUGGACACACCAGAACACCAUGCUGCAGCUGCAAACGACGCACAUGCAUCUGAGGACAGAGAGCCCUCCGUUAACUCAGAAAACACACAGGACAACCGCCAGGCGGGGGAGGAGGAGGAUGAUAUUCUGGGAGAUGAAGAUGCGGACAAGAACAGUGAGGGUGAGGAUGAGUUAGAGUCAGACGAAGAAGAGCUGCUGAGAGUGAUGGCUCGUUGUAAUCCAAUUUUUAUCUCAUUUAGUAAGUGAUGUCACUAUGGUAUCGCAGGCUCUGAAAGUGAUGGAGUGGACAGCAUGGCAUGGAGGAGGUAUGCCGAAGAGGGAUGACAGCAGACUCGUCAAGAAAGAAAAACCAAAGGUUCUCCUGUACUGUAGGUACCUCUAAGACAAGUAAGGAGACAGUAUACGUACACAAGAUAAGCAGCUCAUGGACAAGAGAAGACAUGCAUUCUGUUUGUUCACACUGUAUAAUGUAUUUAAGAAACAUUUAACAAAAAACAUUGUAAGGUUUAAAGCUCCAUUUAAAACAUCUAGUAAGGAAAGAUGACAGGAAUGAGUAACCUUGAAUGAAAUGUCAAAGAAAAAAUUUGUGUAAAUUAUGAAAACAUUUUCAAGGUUACAAUAAAUUCAUUUAUCACAAGGCUAGCACAAGUAGCACAGUCUGAGAGAAUCAGAUAUAUUGUCUGCAAAUGUUUACGAAUAAUACGAGAUGAUUUGUGUCUGUUUUUUGGGAAAAGGUAAAUUCACAUAAAAAUGCACAUAACAGGAAAAAAAUGCCUUCCUGCGGCUGUCAAUAGAAUUAAAGAGUCACAGAUCUCUAGUUGCACUGUCCAUUAGUGGCCUGUGAGUUUCCUUGUGGAUUUACCUUUUCAAUAGCUGCAGGUAUGUUCAAAACUCUCACAUAGUGUACUGCAGCUGUAAUUAUUUUGUUAUGCCUACUCCUCAAACUGCCUAAGUUUUUUCUUUGAAAAUUAAAGUUACUGUACAACUACAACAAUGAGCUAAGACUAGUUAUUAAAACUAGAUUAGAAAGCAUACAAGUGCUGUGUGAAAGGGCAAAGUGCUCUGCAUAAUCAGAGGAAGUUUGGUAA